CCCGAGCCCUGGGCGCUGCCCUGCGCGUCCUGCGGUCCCGAGCGGCGGCCGCCUCGCCCCGCCAUGCUCCUGCUGCUGGGGCUGUGCCUGGGGCUGCCCCUCUGCGCGGGGGCGCACGGGCAGGCGCGGAGCUGGGGCGACACUUCGGAGCAAGUUGGACUCAGGGUCCCGAGGCAAGUGCGGCUCCUGCAGAGGCUGAAAACCAAGCCGCUGCUGACGGAGUUUGCGGUGAAGUCCACCAUCAUUUCGCGGUAUGCCUUCACCACGGUUUCCUGCAGGAUGCUCAACCGAGCCUCGGGGGAGCAGCAAGUCGAGUUCCAGAUGCAAAUCCCGGUGGCCGCUUUCAUCACCAACUUCACGAUGCUUAUUGGAGACAAGGUCUAUCAGGGCGAAAUUACAGAGAGAGAGAAGAAGAAUGGCAACAGGGUGAAAGAGAAAAGGAAUAAAACUGCAGAAGAUAAUGGGGAGAAGGGCACGGAGGUGUUCAGGGCCUCUUUGGCGAUUCCCAGCAAGGACAAAGCCGCCUUCUUCCUGAGUUACGAAGAGCUCCUGCAGCGGCGCCUGGGGAAGUACGAGCACGUGGUGAGCGUGCGGCCGCAGCAGCUGGCCGGGAGGCUGUCGGUGGAGGUGAACAUCCUGGAGCCCUCGGGCAUCGUGGCGCUGCAGGUGCUGCCCCUGCACAACCGCCGGCAGAAGGGCGGCGGGCGAGUGGAAGAUGAUUCUGGACCUCCUCCUUCUACCGUUAUCAACCAAAACAAGACUUUUGCCAACAUAGUGUUUAAGCCUAGUGUGGUACAACAAGCCAAGAUCGCCCAGAAUGGAAUUUUGGGAGACUUCAUCAUUCGAUACGACGUCAACAGGGGAAAGACCAUUGGGGACAUCCAGGUGCUGAAUGGCUAUUUCGUGCACUACUUUGCUCCUAAAGACCUGCCCCCUCUGCCCAAGAACGUGGUGUUUGUGCUUGACAGCAGCGCCUCCAUGGUGGGGACCAAGCUCCGCCAGACCAAGGACGCGCUCUUCACCAUCCUCCACGACCUCCGACCCCAGAGUCCGCGUUGCACAUCAUUGGUUUUCCAACCGGAUCAAGACCUUUUUUUUGUGGGGCGGGGGGUGGACGAAGUCUCACUGUGUUGUCCGGGCCGGAGUGCCCUGAUCCCCUCUCUCUCCCUCUCUCCCUCUCUCUCUCUCUCUCUCUCUCUCUCUCUCUCUCUGUUCCACUGCUGCAGGUUCUACGACGAGAUCAGGACUCCUCUCCUCUCCGACAUCCGCGUGGAUUACCCGGCCAGCGCGGUGGAGCAGGCCACCAAAACCCUGUUCCCCAACUACUUCAACGGCUCGGAGAUCGUGGUGGCCGGGAAGCUGGUGGACAGGCAGCUGGACCAGCUGCACGUGGAGGUCACGGCCAGCAACAGCAAGAAAUUCGUCAUCCUCAAGACGGACGUGCCCGUGGGGCCCCAGGCGGCGGGGGGUCACCCCGCCGGGAGCCCGGGGCCCAGAGGCGACGGUGGGGCGGAGGACCCCAACCCCCUGGAGCGGCUCUGGAGCUACCUGACGGUGAAGGAGCUGCUGAGCUCCUGGCUGCAGAGCAACGACGGGCGGGAGAAGGAGCAGCUGCGGCAGAGGGCCCAGGCGCUGGCCGUGAGCCGGCGCUUCCUCAUGCCCUUCACCGCCUUGAGGCUCAGGAGGCCGGGCCUUCCCUCGGGCAGCCUGGAGGAGGCCCACGGUGGCGUGUUGGCGGCCGCGGGACCCCAGCCGGUGUUGCAGAGCCUGCGAGGGGCCGGCACGCCGCCAGAAUCUGCACUGGAGAAACCGUACGAGCCAAGAAUUAAAAUCUCCAAAACGUCAGUGGAUGGAGACCCCCACUUUGUGGUGGACUUCCCCGCGAGCAAGCUCACCGUCUGCUUCAACAUCGACGGGCAGCCCGGGGACAUCCUGAGACUGGUCUCGGAUCACCUAGACUCCGGCGUGACAGUGAACGGGGAGCUCAUCGGGGCCCCCGCUCCUCCCAACGGCCACAAGAAGCAGCGCACCUACUUCGGCACCAUCACCAUCCUCGUCAACAAGCCCGAGAGGUCGUACCUGGAGGUCACGCCCCACAGGGUCAUCCUGGACGGGGGCGACAGGCUGGUCCUACCCUGCAACCGCAGCGCGGUGGUGGGGAGCCGGGGGCUGGAGGUGUCCGUGUCCGCCAACGCCAACGUCACCGUCACCAUCCAGGGCUCCGUGGCCUUCGUCAUCCUCAUCCACCUGUACAAGAAGCCCGCCCCUUUCCAGCGCAACCACCUGGGCUUCUACAUCUCGGGCAGCGGGGGCCUCUCCGGCAACUGCCACGGACUGCUAGGUCAGUUCCUGAAUCAGGAGGCCGAACUCACGGAGGAGCCCGGGGGGCUCGGCGGGAACCGCACCCGCCCGCCACCCUCCCAGGCGGCAGAGCCGUCUGAGGCCGUCCUCGAGGUGAAAGGGCGCCGGGUCCCCGUGGUCUGGAAACAGCGGAGGAUUUACAACGGGGAGGAGCAGGUGGACUGCUGGUUUGCCAGGAACAGCGCCGCCAAGCUGAUCGACGGGGAGUACCGGGACUACCUGGCGUCCCACCCGUUCGACACGGAGAUGGCGCUUGGCCGGGGAGCACCCGGGGGACUCUGAGGCUGGCAGCCUGAGCGGCGCGUGUGCUCGGCAGACAGGGGUGGCCUGGGGGACCCGGUGGUGCGGCUCGUCUGGGAGGUGGCCCGUGUGCUGUGUGCACCUGCAGUCUUGGCAGGUACCUGCCCCCCCUCCCCCGCUGGCGACCCAUGGCUGGUGGGGUGCGGGUACCACUUCUGCUUGAGCAGAUGGGGGUGGCGGGAAGCUCGAGCACCAAUGUCGCCUCCUUCUACUCGCCCUUCCUGCCUCCUGCACCCUCCCCUCUGCAGCUGAGAAACACGGUAGCCCCGCGGGGAGAAAGGUCGUAGUCUUCAAAAGCAAGAAAGUCUGUUUCUUGUGCCAGCUGGCUUGUCUGUCCAGCGGCCCACCGUAAGGUCACACACCUGCCGGUGAAGGGGAAGGUUGCCCCGAAACGUGUUUUCUCCAUGGAAACGGCCAGCCCCGGGCAGUCUGCUUUUGCCUUAUGCUGACGCUUAGGGAUCGCUGCUUUUAGUUCCGGGCGUCCCCCGGCUGUGCGGCCAGCCUCUGCCUGGAAGGAACCCCCCCCCCCCCCCGUUGAAGCCAGGCCCCCGGUCGGGCAUGCAAGCGGUGCAUACAUUCGAUCGUUGUGAGCAAUGAAGUCUUUCCUUAAGGUUUUCUUCUGCUGUGGUGUCUUGCCCUUAAAAUCGGUUUUCAUUUGCAAAAGUAACGGAGCAUAGAAAAAUGGACAGUCCAGAUACUGGUCUCUCUCUAAUGGGCUUUGUCAAUCGUUUGCUUUUGCUAAUAAUGGGUAUUCUCCGAUCCGUUCCAAUAAGCCAAGUGCUUUUAAUAAACAGGGCAGCCCGUGUGGGUGGCUUUGACUGGCCCGUCCCGGUGCUGCAGAGUCUGCCUGUGGAGUGAGGAAUCUUUUACUUGGAGCUCUUCGGCCUUUGUCAAAGUUCCUGGGGCUUUAUGGCCUGUGGUCCGCCAGGAGGCGAUGAGUCACAUGUGGACAGCCCUGGGACGGGGGAGUGGAGGGAGGGAAGAGCCAGGACACAGCCCUGGGACAGGGGACAGAGCCAGGACAGGGCAUGCUCGUCAGCGUGCCCACAGCAGGAAGAACGUAUGUGCUUAGAAAGGUUGAAAAGGCUUCCCUCCUCUCAGAUGGGCAAAACCCAGGAAAUCCAUGUGAACGGGGACUUUGGUUCCAAAACUUGUACAAACCUGAUCUGCUAAGGAAAAGGUUAAAAUCAGCGAAGGUCACCCUUCUCGUUCCGAAAUCCCCCUUUAAAGCCCGGUCCUGUCAUCAAAGGCCAAUGCCCCACGCCUCCAUCCCCGCCCCGAUUAGAGGUUUUCGAUUUUUCUUCCUCCUGGGUCAUCUCAGGGCCUGGCCGGGAAGCAGAUGGCCGCAGGGAAGCUUGGGCCAAAGAGCAGAGAACGAAAGACUGCGCGCUCAGAGACAGAGGCUGUUUUGAUGCGGGCCGGAGGUUAAAGGCUUUGGGACCGGCCUCCCACGUGGCUUCGUCACCCCCCGGCACGAGGCCAGGGCGGCCCAGGCCUGAGCGGUGCAGGCGUGCUCAGCGCUUAGCGAGAGAGAGAGCCGAGUUAGGGAAAUUGUUUAUCGUGUUCACCUUCCCGGGGGGAAACAUGCUGGCCGCAGGACGACAUCCGCAUGCUCCUGUUGGCCCCGGUGGCUUCGGGAGGGAGCUGGGGCUGGGAGACUGCCUGUCCUGUCCCGUGUCGGAGUCUUGUCACUCUGUGAACCCACCGGGCCCGGGGCCUGUCUGCUCUGCUGUUUAUUUCUCUCCCAUCCUCGGAAGCUCAGCCGCCUGUCUCCACGACAGCGGUGGCAGGGCCACCGGCCCACGCGGCAGCCAGAUGCUGCAUGUUUCAGGGCCCGGAGGCAGUGCAGGAGCCAGGGCCGGCCGAGCCCGGGGCCAGCUUCCCCGGGGCCGUCCCCGUUAUGUAAACCCCAGCUGGGCAGACGGUCCCCGGCCGAGAGGCCCAGGCCACCGUGCAGCGCUUGGAGCAGCGAUCUGUUGUCACAGGUGUAGCUCUGGACACUGCGGAGAGAGGAGGGAGUCUUAUUAGCCAAGACCAGCUCCCAAGUGUCUGCUGCUACCUUGCCUAAGAGCAGAGAAAAACACUCCAAUGACUCACCCACAGCUUACACGCCCACUCAGAAAAAAAAAAUAAAAAUAAAAAGUAUCAAAGUUGA